AUGGGAGAGGCGGACGAAGAGGGAGAAGAAGGGGGCGAGGACGACGACGACGAGAGAGAGAGGAUUCCGCCCGAGCUGUUGACGCGCAUCUUGCACGGUUUCUUUGGGCGGGAGGAGACGAGGAUCACGAGGGAUGCGAACGCCGCGGUGGCGCGGUACGUGGACGUGUUCGUGAGGGAGGCCAUUGCGCGGGCGGCCGUGGAGAGGGAGGGAGGGUUUCUGGAGGUCGAGGACCUGGAGAAGAUUGCACCGCAACUUUUGAUGGAUCUAUGA